AUGCGCAUGAUCCAAACACCGAAGACAGAUGAAGCUACAGUAUUACAAAAUGAAAUAGCUCACUAUCGUACUCGAUAUGCAGAAUUGCUCGAUCCAUUUAAAUCUUUGAGCGAACAAAUGAAGAGAAAGAAAAUCAAAUUGUUUGAAGAUCUCGCUACUCGUGAUAACGAAUUGAUUAAAACUCUAAUUGAAUUAGCUCAGCUGACUGCCACGUUUCCAUUAGAAGGAAUUGCCAUUGGCUUGUUUGGUCAAACAUCGACUGGCAAAUAA